AUGCCCGGAACCGACGUUGACAAGACCAGCCCAGAGUACCUCUGGAGCGAACCCAAAAUGAAGGAAGUCAUUGAACUUUGGGAACUCACCCCUUCCGAUACACAAAAGCUAUUCAUCCUCAAGGCCAAGCUCAAGAAUGUGCACCAUCUCUGGAACUCCCCCGACGUCAUUAUGGGAUUUGUCAGCACUGGAGGCUGGGAGACUGCAGAGCAGCGUUUCCGCAAGAUGAUCCAAUGGCGGUUGGACAACAAGGUCGAUGCACUCUUGACAGAAUUCAAACCCAAUCCACUGAUUUUAGAUAACUCUUGCGUUGCCUUUUUGAAGAACUACGAUCACCAAGGAGACCCGAUCUAUCUCGAACGUGGUGGAGCUCUUGAUGUCAAGGGGUUGCUCAAGCGAUUCCCUCGGGAAGAGCUCAUGCGUCAUGCCAUUUGGUUGCGCGAAGUCCAAUGCAACGGAGCUUGGCUCGAUGAGUACGAAAGACGCCAAGGACGUGGUGUUCGAAGCAUUACCGUGGUGUACGACCUCAAGGACUUGUCCACUCGGCAUUUGCACCCCAACGUACUUGGCUUUUUCCAAGAGCUGAUGCAACUCACAGACGAUUAUUACCCCGGUCCGAUCAAGCGCAUGAUUAUCAUUCGUGCUCCCCACAUUUUCCGGUUUGCCUGGAAGACCAUCAAGGGAUUCUUCUCGGAGGAAUCACAGAGCAAGAUGAUCUUUGCUGAUAGCGACUACCUAGCAGAGCUGGGCAAGUGGAUGGACGUUGAUGUCUUGCCACAAUGUAUCAACCCCGAUGGCCACGGAGAAACCGCCAUUGGUAUGCCCAAGUACAUGCAAGGAGGACAAAUCCCUGAUCACAUUGGCGAGGGCGGUGUAGGUUACCAUGCCGUCGGUUCAGGUUUGUCCGAGGCAUCAAGUCCAGCAGAUGAUAGCUCGACAGACGAGUCGGCGAGUGAGGAAGAAGUGGAGCAGCUGAUGGCUGGUCUUCACCUGACACAGGUUCCCGCCAAGGCCUAG